AAAAAAAAAAAUGAUUAAAAAAUACAGAAGCUUCAAAGGAAGAGAUCCAAGAGGAAAAGGUUACGUCACACAACUCACACAUAUUCUGCAACACACUCCACGAACACAAUAUAGAAGAAACCCCUAAUUUUGAAGAUUCAAUUUCAAAACCCUAAUCUCACCACAGAUUCAAUUCCUUCAACCAGAUCUCAUCAAAAUCAUGGAGAAAGAAUUCAAAGUCCCACCGGUAUCCUUCGCCUCCGUCGGAAACCCCGCCGGGCAAAAUCUCCAAAACCGCCGUGUACCCAUUCCACCAUUCCAACCAAACUCCGGCAUCCCUUUCAUGUCAUUUGAUAUCGGCUCCGCCGCCGUUUCCACCUCAUCCGGUCCAAUUUACUCCGGUCCCGGAAUCGGCGGUGGUGGUUCCGUCAACUUCGACGACGAGGAGCCUCUUCUCGACGAGCUCGGUAUUCAUCCGGAUCAAAUCUGGAGCAAAAUCAGAUCGGUUCUUAACCCGUUUCGCGUGAACCAUACCGUUCACAAAGACUCUGAUCUUUCUGGUCCGAUUCUUCUCUAUAUGGCGUUUUGUCUCUUUCAAUUACUCGCCGGAAAAAUUCAAUUCGGUGUGAUUUUAGGUUGGAUUGUGGUUUCUUCGAUCUUUUUGUAUGUUGUUUUCAACAUGCUCGCAGGUCGAACUGGGAAUUUGGAUCUGCACACUUGUACCAGUGUUGUUGGUUAUUCUAUGUUGCCGGUGGUGAUUUUCUCUGCAAUAUCACUUUUUCUUCCACAGGGUGGUUUCUUUGGGCUCGCGAUCGCCGCGGUUUUUGUGUUGUGGGCUACCAGGGCUUCAACGGGGCUUGUGGUUUCUCUUACUGAUGGUGGUGAUGAACAUCGCGGGUUGAUAGCGUACGCCUGUUUCUUGAUUUACACUCUGUUUUCGUUGCUUGUGAUUUUUUAGGGAUGUGUUUAGUGCUGAGAUUGUUUGGAUCAAAGUGCUUAUUUUUUUUAUUUUUUUUUGGAUUUAGUUAACAUUUAUGUCUUUUAACUUUGCAUUAUGAACCUUGUGAUUUUUCUAUUUCAGUCAUAUAAUGAUAUAUAGAAAAUGGAGCUAUUGCACUUGAUUUAA